AUGGAUCCAACAGGAGAGAUUGGAACUACUCCAAAUCUUCAACAGAUUGUUACUGGACGGUGUUAUGAAUAUGUAACCUUGGUAAAACCCAGCUCUAGGUUUAACUGUGACGUGAUAUGGAUGGAGUUUGAGAGAGCUAUUUUCAAAAGGUCAUCCUGCAGUGUAAGAAUGAAUGACUACAAAGGAAUUUUCCGGGCCACAGCUCAGAUUUUACCUUGUGAUAAGUUGCUCUUCUGGAGUAAGACGAGAGACAUCAUUCACAAUUAUGUAGCUGUCACACAGAGCUUUUGGACCUUGGAAAACACACUUGUGGGAUACAUGUUCAAUGACCUUAUCUGGUGUGGACAGCCAGAAAGAGACAGAGGCUUUGAUUAUCACUCCUGUCCUGAUUGGUCAACAUGUUUGAACCAUCCUGCAUUGUCCCUAUGGAAGCAAGCUUCUCAGAAUUUUGCAGCGGCUGCAUGUGGGAAUAUUACAGUGUUGCUAAAUGGAUCAAUUCAUCAGGCUUUCAACAAAACAAGCAUGUUUGGCAGCGUGGAAGUGGACAAUCUGAACCAAAGGAUGGUCUCCCACGUUCACAUAAAAGUAAUAUACAAUCUGGAUGGACCUUAUGUGGAAUCUUGCACUCGGGGUUCCAUACUUGAACUCAUCAAGGUUUUAAAAACAAGGGGUUUCCACUGGACCUGCACAGAGAAUGACCCGACCCUGGUAAUUCUGCAGUGUCUGAAGAAUCCCCGCUGGGCAAGCUGUCAAAGUGUUCCAGCGGUAUAUUAA